GCUCGAGUGUGUCCAAAGAACUGGCGGUGACCUAAGUGGCCUUUCAAAGAGCACAGCAUGCAAUUCAUUAAAUUUCCUCGGGAAGUUGGAAGGCAGAGGGCAAUACAGCAACAGUUUUAUAAGAAAGCAAAGUUUCCGCGAGUGAUUGCAGCUAUGGAUUGUACGCAUGUAAAGAUCCUUUCUCCAGGUGGUGAUGAUGCUGAGGUGUACCGUAAUCGGAAAUGGUUUUUUUCGUUAAACGUUCAAACGCUUUGCGAUAGCCAUUUAAACAUUAUGGAUAUCGUUGCACAUUUUCCAGGGUCCACACAUGAUGCCACUAAAUUGAGAAAUUCUCGAAUAUAUAGUCGAUUUGAAGGAAAUGAGUUUGGGAACGCAAUAGUAGUUGCUGAUAGCGGAUACCCAUGUAAUAGAUGGACUAUGACGCCACUCUUGAGAGUAAAUACACCAACUGAAGCACUAUAUAAUGAAUCCCAAAUCCGGACUAGGAAUUGUGUCGAACGUUCUUAUGGAGUAUGGAAAAAACGCUUUCCUGUACUUUCAUUGGGCAUCAGAUUACACAGUAGAGAAGUGGAAAGAACUAUAGUUGCAACUGCGGUUUUGCACAAUGUUUGCAAUUUAAAUAACGGUGAGGGCGCUCCUCCCCUGGACUCAGAGAUAAAUGCGAUUUUGAACUCGCAGGUUUCCGUGCCCUCUAUUUCACUUAGAGGGCAAAGUGAUAAUAUAUACAGAAGAGAAAUCAUACAAAACCAUUUUGAAACUUUGUAGUUGCCUAAAGAAAUAAAAACAAGUUGCACAAAAUGAAUAUA